AUGUUUGGGGUUGCUGUGCAUGGGCUUUGGAGAGGACCACUGCCGAGCAGGGCUUGUGCAAUAUACGCUCAAAAAGCAUACUCUUGCAACAGCCUAAAGGUGUGUCUCGCUGAUCACGCUCACGCCUUGCUGCGUCUCGCUGUUGCUGCAAUCACUGCGGUGCCACUUGGCACAGCUGGGUGCAGCGACGCGCGCGCGAUGGCUGCAGGAGCACCUCGACGAGUCAUGUUGUUGUUGUUCGCUGCUGCGACAGCAGCCGUAAACGGCGCAGCGCCGCGCCGCGCGCCGACCGCGUCGCUGGUGCGACGGCGGCCGCAGAGGCCACCGCAAAGGCUGUGGCUCCGCGGCGGCGCACGCGACGACGACGACGACGAUGACGACAACGACGACGACGAAAAGGAGCCGGGCGCGGUGGCGGCGUUAUUGGGAGACCUGCCGCCGUGCCUCCGAGCGCACGUCGUCGGCGUCGCCGCGACGACGGCCAUCGCGCUGUCGGGCGUCGUCGACCCGAACACGGCGCUCGCACUCGACACGCCGCGCACGAUCGGCAAGCUGCAACUGUGGCGACCGAUCACGUCGGCGUGCUUCCUCGGGCCGCCGUCGAUGGGCUCCGCGACGUCCUUGUAUUUGCUCGUGAAGUACGGCCGGGAGCUGGAGACGGCGGUCGGCACGACGCCCUUCGCCAAAUUCCUGAUCCUCCAGACGGUGAUGCUGGCGCUCUUCGGCGGCGCCCUCGGAGUGCCUUUCGUGGGCAACGCUCUGAUCACGGCGGUGAUCUACGCGUGCUCGCGCCUGGAGCCCUUCGGAAACAUCCAGUUCCAGUUCGGAAUAACCCUGAAGUACUGGAUGCUGCCCUUUGGUUUGAUGGCCGUCGAGAUGCUCCAGCAGCAGGGGUCGGUCGCCGCCGUCGUGCCCCACAUACUCGGGGUGUUGUGCGCGCACUUCCACCACUUCUUCGCCGUCGUCUGGCCGCGCAUCAUGCUCGAGGAGAACGGCGGCGAC